ACUUUAUUUACAUAAAAGUCCGAGCUCCCGGAUUAUCAUUUGUAUUUUCCUUGUCAUUACAAGGAGCUGCAAGAACUUGCAAGGUGAAAGUGAUUAUUACAGCAAUCCAACAUGAAACUGGAAAUUACUUUAGUGCUUUUAGCUGUCACAGGUGACAUCGUACAGAGCAGACCAGGUCACUAUGGCUGUAAAAGAUAUUGUGAUUUUGGCAUAAAAUAUAUUUGUUCUACAGAUGGUACAACCUACGACAAUGAGUGUAUGCUGAUAUGCAACUUCGCCCACAAGGCCUGUGAUGGUCGGUGUCCUUGCUACAGAUCGCCUGCACCCGUUGUGUAUCGGUCUAAACCGGUGGUAAACUACAAACCAAGACAAGCUGUGAACAAUUACGAAGGAAGGCAAUCAGUGAACUACGGACCAAGGCAAUCAGUGAACUACGGACCAAGGCAAGUUGUGAACUACGAACCUGCCGCGGUCAACUACGAACCUGCCGCGGUCAACUAUCCGAGUGUACCUGAUUAUGAGCCGAUACCAGUGUAUACUGAGCCAACACCUGUAUAUUAUGAUGCACCAGUCCAGGGUGACUGUGUCUGUCGUAAGGAUAAGGACUACGUGUGUACAUACGAUGGUGAAACAUAUGAAAAUGAAUGUGAGGCUAACUGCGACGGAAAAGCAAAGAUGUGUGACGGCAAAUGCCCAUGCUCUUAAACGAAGAGUCCAUUGAAUAUUUCUGGUUCCUUAUAAUAAUCAAUCGAAGUUGUCAGUUUUGGUGUACAAUAAUUAAUUGACAAAUUAGAAGUAUGCAUCGAAUAAAAAUUUAGAAAAAAAAACAUGAGCUGCAAGGAAUCAAAACCGUUUUAAGAAAAAAAUAUAUUUAACAAACUGUUUUGCUUUUAUGUUAAAUUAUUUACAAACCAAAGCUUACAAAAUAUGUAAAACUGGGACCAUGAUAAAGUAUCUAGUGUAAACAAUA